AUGCGAACUAAACCACGUUUAGGAACGUAUACGCAGCGCUCACUGCAUGGGUUGUGCGCUACGUUUAAGUUGCUGGGCUCUAUCGCAGAGGAGUAUUCAACGGUCAAGAUUACCACCUUCACGUCAGAAGUGUCUCCAAGCGAAAAGUUGGUCCGGCGAUCCAGGCGCCUUAUCACAUACAACCUCCUCAAAGUUGUCUCUCCCAAUCCAGAUCUUGAACAUGUUCCGGGGACUGUCCGUAUCGUCGGCAUCGUUCCAAGGCAUGCCCUCUCCCAAGCGCGUGAGAGUGAUGCGGUUGGUACCACUGCCGCCAUGGAAGCAGGCCGCCCCACGGAGACAUCACCUGAGCAUUUGGAGGUGGCCAACGCUUACUACUUCUACGAGAACACCAACAACAUACGUCACGAAUCCAUUUGCGCAGGCAACGCCCAGCCCUCGUAUGGUUGGCAAUCUUCGCGCUGCAAGUACAAGGACGAGAUGUCAAUGGCGCACCAUUGCCUCCAACAGCAUUUGUCCGUAACCAAGCCCAUCGAACCGAGGCAGCGUCGCGUUUCAGAGGUCAACGCCGACGUCGUGCAGUAG